GUUAAAUUCUCUUUGAUGCGGAUAACGGAAAGCCGGCGCUAAGUUUAUGUUUUGAUUAUUUUUAGGGACUUCAAAUUAUAAAUUAAAAUGGAUUUUAACAAUUCUGGUGGAAUGAGGAGCCCGUUUUCGCCUCGCGUAAGACAAUCAAUUGCAGGAAGACGACCCGGUUUGUCAUCGGCUAAAAAGAAUCAGGGGAAACUAACUAGUUCUGCCCAGUACUGCGGAGAUGUUAUUUAUAAAACAUCUCUUAAUAUAAUUGAAACUUAUGGAGCACCACUGCCUGUGAUGGUGACAGAAGCACUUACUUUUGCAAGUGGUGAUGUGAGUGUAAGCAUGUCACCCUGCGGUUGGUGCUGGGUGGUAACAGGCCGCAGAGUUCUUGCGUGGCCUCGUGAGACAUCAGGGACAUCAUCGGGACCCACAUCAGCCAGGGAACUUAUAUUACCACAGACUGAUCUAGCCCACAAAGCAGAUCUUGUUCUAAUAUUUUACGAAGAUAACUCCCAGGCAAUGCCAGCUUGUGUUGGUGUUUCCCCUGAAGGUGUAGUCCGAUACUGGGCUUCUGUAGGCCAAGAGGGUGCUUACAGUGAAGUCCCGUGUGAGCUGGCUGGCCAGGAGUGUGACCGCUUGGUGUCUAGGACAGAUGAUGAAGGAGUGGCUGUAGGCUCUUUACUUUUAGCCACUACUACUUGCACACUUGUCAGACUUCAAACUUCACGUGAGGGUCGACCCACUGUGACUUGUCAAACAUUGCGUCCACCGAGCGGCUGGCUUGGUGGUAUUGGACGUCGUGUGUCUCUUCUGUUCUUCGGAGCUAUGCCUUCUCACGCCGCUGCCGAUACUAAACUAGUCGGCGUUGUGAUCCUGGCGGGAGUCCAGACCAGCCAGAACGAAGAGGGCGUGGAUGGGGAGGUCGAGAGUGAGGAGUGUGUAUGCCUGGUGGCAGGCGGGCCGCUAUUGCAGCUGUGGUGCGGACCAGAGCUUCAUGAGCACCACCUCCGUCGCCCGCUGUCAGAGGCCCUGGUGAGAGCGGGGCGGUAGAAGUGACUGCAGUGGACGUGCAAGCGGCGCCGGGAGAACCGCGGGCGCUGCUCGCACUGCUGCAACUGCCUGCACCUGGCGUGCACGACGUGCGAUACGCGCUUGCUCACAUCAGCGUAGAGCGCGUCGCCAGCCCGCUCGUGGUGAGCGUGUGCGGCGUGGGCUGGCCGCGGGACGCCCCCUCCCCCCGCCUGCUGCCGCUGCC